AUGUCGACGCCGACAGGACCCUUUGCGGCUCUCACGACCGUGUUCACGCCGCCGUGUGCUAUCACCUGGCUUUUGACUUCGUCCAAGAUUCCCUCGCAGUAUCCCCCGUUCACGGCUGGUCCAGUAUCAUGUGACCCGCCGUCCUGGGCGGACAAUCUCAGGUUAAAAGGCUUUGGCUUUUACUCGCCUGCAAUAUGCCCGAGCGGGUUUGCUGUAGGACCAAGUUGCAGUAUCACUAAGACGCGUAUUGGUGAGGGGUUUCCAGCCAUACAAAAUGGCGAAACGGCGGUAUACUGCGUGCCAAGUGGAUAUUCAUGUACGACUGAUACAACUGAUUUCCGAGGCGGUGUAUGGGGAAUGACAACUCAGGCCAACGGGGUGGCUACCAAUGGUCCUGCCAUCGUGACCGUUGGGCCUGCAUUGCAGAUCAGGUUUCGCGACGUCGACCUCGACAUUCUGGAGACGCAUCCAUUGACACCAGGCUUGGGUUUAACAUCCACCCGCACGUCAGACUUUGAUUUGAGCGUAUCUCCCACGGGCGGUGCAACAACCAUCAGAACAACUUUUGCUUUUUCAACGCCAUCUCCAGUCCUUAGCACGACCACGAGCUCAACCACGAAUGGUAUCGAAUUUGGCCUACCCUCAAAUGGAUUUGUGACGCAAACAACUCCUGAUCCAACAUCCAGUUCCGCCAUAUCUUUGGUAACAAGCCCUACCAGCAGGCUUAACACCGUAGCCGCAUCCUCAGUAUCAUCAACUCCAACGGCCAGCAGCGCUCCCGCAUCGACGGCUAGCGAGGUCAACAAUCCGACCAACCUGGCUGCUGUCAUCCUUUCGGCGUCUCUAAUUGCCAUAGUUCUUACUGUCAUAUCCGUUAUAUGUCUGCGUCAUUACCGUCGUCGAGGCGGUGCCGGCCGAGGCGGCCUUUUCCUGUCAACCGCUUUUGGUGCUUGGAUUCGCAAGAGAUUCAAUAAAGCUGGGUUUUGUAGAAGCAGAGACGGUAGCUCCACUUCCAAUGAAAGGGGAUAUGUUGCAGAAUUAAGCGGACAAGGGGUGGUACAGGAAAUCGCGUACGGCCCUGCGGUCGGAAGCAAGGAAAACCCAGCUGAACUGGAUAACGUAGACGAGAGCUUGCCUACAAGAUGGAGCUGGAUGUCGCGUGUGUCUAAGCUUUGGAGCACGCGGUCCAAAAAAGUAUCUCGGUCAUCUAUCGCCGAAUCAUCUUCGGCUGGCUGGACAAGAUCUGCCGCAUCGAUGCGAACAUCAUUUUCCGGGCAUGACUCUAGUGGGAACUGGGAGGCAUUUGCUAAGGAGAAAUGGCCUGAUGGCCUCACAGUACCCGCCGCAUCUCAUAACAGACCACUGUCCGAUAACCCCAGAACCCCCAAAACCCUCAUGAAAGAGAAGUCAUCGCACCUCCAGAUCGAUGUUGAGGCGCUCGCAAUGAGUCGAGAAAGUGAUCAAAGCCUCUGGACUCCAGGCUUCCGUGUCAUGGAAAAGGAAACCGAACAUAAAUAUUCCGAGAUGUCGCAAACAAACAUGUAUAGUCUCCAGCAUCAAGUUCUACCAGUUGUGGUGAUAUUGAGUGUUCUCUGGACUCAGUACGCAACAGCGCUACGAAUCGCAGGAGCGUUCUCCGUAAUCGAGUAUAACCCCCUCCUCAUUGCCAGCCAAGACUACUACAAUGGUACCGCCCAGGUUGUGAACGGCGGUGUCGCCAAUCUCUUCGGCAACUCCGACAUUGAUCUGGCCGGGAAUGCUGAGACCCAAGCGCUGCGACAGUAUGCAACGCAUAAAAACCUUCGUGUCAUUUAUACCGUUGUCGAGGUCGCAUAUCGCAUAGUGGCAAGCAAGAAGGCUGGCAUAAGCUCCCUCGCAGAUCUGAAAGGCAAGAAGAUUGGCACUGUGCCGAGCACGUCGGCUGCCUACUUCGUGCAGCGAUACCUCGCCAGUGCGGGCGGACUGCGCGAUUCAGACUAUACCACCGUUUCCGGCGGCAACUGCAACACGGCUCCGUGCGGCGCGGGAACGUUGCCUUACAUGCUCGUGCACGGGUCCAUCGAUGCAGUUGGCAUGUGGGAGCCGACGCUGGAGCUCGCCAUCGAGGGGCUCGGGUCCGAUGCGGUGGUGUUCCAGAACAAGUCGGUCUACCGCGAAGUGUACAACCUCUACACGACAACAGACAAGCUCAAGAAUGCCAGCACACGCAAGGACAUAGUAGCCUACCUGCGAGCGCUUGACCAAACGGCGCAGCUAUUCACCAAUCAUUCUGAAACAGUCAUUCCCAGGGUUGCCAAGACGAUGAAUAUGAACGAGGCCGUUCUCAAGGCCGUGUGGCCAGUUCACGAUUGGAAGGGGGGCUUGGCACCUGACUUGUUUGACGUGUUGGUACCGGAGGACCAAUGGGUAGCGAAAGUUGACCGUCGAAGUGGCAUCUCUCAGGCAGACUUGAAAACGAUGAUUGAUUCGAGCGUCCUCGAGGAGGCGAGGGCCAGCCCUAGCACAAUGUAA